GGUUUCCCAUGAGACGGGCCCCACUCAUGAUUGUAUUGAAGUCUUGCAACAGGAAACCAAACCUCGCCCUGAUCUUUCAGACUUGCCGUGGCCCAACCCUGAAAUUGAAGGGUACGUUGAUGGGUCCACCUAUGUGAUAGAGGGCAAGCGGUUUACCGGAGCAGCAAUAGUAAUUAAGGACAAAGGAAUAUACAAGUUUAAACUCAGCCCUAAUUUGUCCGCCCAAGCGGCGGAGUUAGUGGCUCUUAUCGAGGCUCUCCGGUUGGGAACUGGGAAAACUAUUAACCUAUAUACUGAUAGUCGCUAUGCCUAUAUGGUGGUACAUGCUCACGGGACCCUGUGGAGAGAAAGGGGAUUUAUCACAGCGUCACGCCAAAGAAUUGCACAUGGGAGUCUCAUCAAAACACUUCUUAAGGCUUUGAUGCUUCCCCUCCGGGUUGCCGUAAUACAUGUGCGUGCCCAUGGAAGGGCCCCGGAGGUCGAACAACGUAGAUAUAAUCAAUUAGCUGAUCAGGCCGCAAAGGAGGCCGCCCGGGAAGGGGCCUCCUGGCUCCUCUUGGUUCAAGAUACAGAAGCCAAAACUCCCCCUCCCCAAUACACAGCUGAGGAGGUACACCACGCGCAGGCUGCGGGGGCCCGGCAGGUUCCCUCGGGAUGGUGGAAAUUACCGGGGGGGGGGGAGAUUUUUGUCCCCCGGCCAGUGCUUCAGGAAAUUCUUCGGCACAUGCAUAAAGAAGGACAUAUGGGGUCAGGAGCAAUGGUUGAUUUAGCCACUCGAUCCCUUAAGGGGCUGGGCAUGCACAUGAAAGCCCAGAGAAUUGUUAGUAAUUGCCCUGUCUGCCAACGAACCAACCAAAAGGGGUGUGGCCCUCCCGCCCCAAUGGGAGGCCGGCCAUGGGCCACGUACCCUUUCCAGAGAUGGCAAGUUAACUUUGCAGAGAUGCCCCCUUGCAGGGGCUAUAAAUACUUACUCGUAUUUGUAGAUCAGCUUACUGGAUGGGUAGAGUGUUACCCCACCCGGCAUUGUCAGGCCCGGGCUGUCACUAAGGCCCUGUUGCAUGAAAUACUCCCCCGAUUCCACCUCCCUGAAACGACUGAAUCUGAUCAGGGAAGCCACUUUACCUCACAAGUGGUCCAACAGGUGUCCCAGGCACUCGGUAUACAAUGGAAGUUGCAUACCCCCUGGAGGCCGCAGAGCUCGGGUCAGGUGGAAAGAAUGAAUAGAACUCUCAAGGAUACCCUCACUAAACUAUGCACGGAAUCUAGUUUAAAGUGGCUUGAUGCGUUACCACUUGCCCUUACCCGCAUUUGA